AUGGUUCAAAUAAUUAACACGCCCAGUGGUAAUAUUGCAGUUGGUGCCACUAUUAUAAUCACUUGGACAUAUACCCCACAAGCGAAUGCACUUCCAGGCAUUUUAAGUGUUAUCGAUAACACAUCUCAAAACACGAUCAUAAUUAGCAAUUCCAUAAAUCUUAGUGCUCAGUCUUACAUGUGGACGGUCAAUGUUCCUGCGGGAACUUAUUAUCUUAGCCUCAAUGACGGCUCUGGUAACAAAUAUUCUGGAACUUUCACAGUCUUCCAACCCGCAGGUGCUGCUCCAGCUUCGAUUGUUUCAGCUUCUUCUCUAGGACAAUAA